CUUUCUCUAUCACCCAACCCUCUCGGAAAUAUCACCAGAUUCGUGCACAACUGCAUGCAAACAACUAGGUUAUAGUAUAGCUGCAGUAUACAACAGAACAGAAUGCUCUUGCUCGUGUGAGCUGCAAAUAGCAUGUAAUUAUGGUAUUGGUAAAGAUAUGGACCCCGUUGUAGGCAACACUCUAUGUGGCUUACCAUGCAUAGGUGAUGCGUUGAGAUUCUGUGGCGGUUAUAGCGCAGCCUCUGUUUAUCGUGUUGAAUCUGGAAACACCUUAAGAAGCAACUGCACGCUGACUAAUCUUAGUAGUACGACUGAAUCUAAAGAACCACCGGGAUUUUCGUCAGAGUCACCAUGGUCAUGGGGUAAAUUAAGACCCUAUGUUGUUGGCGGUGCGAGUGUAGUUAUCGUCUUACUCAUGAUAAUCAUCUUUGCUUGUUUCAGAAACCGGGAUCGUCGGGUGGUCUACUCCCCUCACAAUCAGUCACGAAUCUGGCGUGCCGAUGCUUCAUCACGAGAAAGUGAAGAGCGCCCUCCCACUGACCAACAGGCAAUCAGGGAUCGACCACAACUUCCUUCCCGAAACCUUGGUAGCGGUCAACAGCCACCUGAAGUCGACUCGGUACGAACUCGCAUCCGACCCACUAAGGAGGAAGACACAAACGACGGUAUUCCGGUUCUACAAUCCGAUAUCUAUAAUGUCAUUACCGGGGAAGGUGAUAUGCCCGUGCCAGAAUCAGAAUUCUACCAUGUCCUAAACAAGGAAGAUGACGGCGAAACAUGCAGCCAAGAACAUUUAAUGGCUAAUGAAAACGCCUACGCAUACGCUGAUUGCCGAGCCUUCACAGACAAUUUCAAGCGCUCGGCUGCUUUCAUUCGUACCCAGUCUAAUAGCAUGCAUCGGUGCCCAGAGGGUUCUGAAGAGAUUGAACACGAAAUGAUAAAUAAUGAAUUGUAUGCAAUCUCGAAAAAAUAAAGUGCAUCAUAAUUUGUUUUGUAUUUCACCAACAUGAGAGUAUAAGACGCAAGUGUAAAUGAAUCAUCCGAACUUUAUAUUUUAAACACUAUUUUUUUUCUCGAAUAAUUUACGUUUGCGGAUCUAAACCCUUUUAAACAGUUUUGAACAAUUGGUUACUUGUGAAUUCACAUAAGUGUUCAUAUUAAGUGAUUGGAGAUCCCGCCUCCAUCAAAUCAUACUUUGCACAAGGGUCCAAAACGGAUUUACAUACAUAUAAAUAUAUAUAUAUAUAUAUAUAUAUAUAUAUAUAUAUAUAUAUAUAUAUUAUAUGUGUGUGUGCAUAUGAAAAAAACAAGCAUUGUUUUUA